CGUGCCUCUCGUUCAAUACAGUUGAACCAAAAUUUUUGUUCAGCUCCUGAUUUGUCAUUCGACAAUCCUUUACUUGGAUGUCACAAGAAAUCAUAGUCAACUUUAGUAAUAUCAGUAUAAAAAGUGAAGAUGUUUAGAAUAAUUGUUGUGUUUCUUGUGAUUUUCUUAGUGUUUGCUAUAGUUUUGUUCACCAGCUUUGACAUCGGUGCUGAAGCCGCCGCAAAAGAUUUACUUGUGGCCGAAGAACUUGUGACAGUAGUAGCGCUCUAUCGACAUGGAGACAGGGCUCCCAAACGAGCACUUCCAACAGUGAAAUACAGUGAUCCUUCGUAUUGGCCGAUGGGAUUUCGAGAAUUGACCCCGAAUGGUAUACAAGGACAAUACGAAUUAGGACAAUGGCUGAGGGAGCGUUAUAGCACGUUUCUAUCUCCAUUUUAUAAAGUGAAUGAACUAUACGUCAGAUCUACAGAUGAAGACAGAGCUUUGAUGUCAGCUUACGCUACGUUGGCAGGAUUGUACCCUCCUCAGGGAUUUCAACUUUGGAACGAAAACAUUCCUUGGCAGCCUAUCCCUGUGCACACGAUUCCCAGGAAAAUAGACGACGUCAUCGUGCAGAAGAGGAAGUGUCCGAAAUACGACAAUCUGUAUAAAGAUACGGUCAAUUCGGACUUUUUCAUCAGCGAAAAUGAAAAGCACGCAGACUUUUACAAAAACUUGUCUCAAUGGACGGGACUUACGGUCAAGGAUUUUAAAGAUAUCGAGAAGAUCAAGUCGACGUUGGAUUCUAUAAAAAGUUACAAUCCAUCGUAUCUGCCGGAGUGGGAGAAAGAUCUUGACUGGGAUCUGUUGAAUUAUCUACAUGGAUUUGUAUACAGAAGAUUCACUUCGACUUUGACGAUGAAGCGUCUCUCAUCAGGGCCUUUCUUCAAUUACAUAUUCGAGCACAUGGACGGGACGAUCUCCCCAGUUAAACCGUCAUCUGUUCGCAAGAUGUUAAUAAUCUCAGGUCACGGUACAACAAUAUCCCUUAUCUUGAACACCAUGGGCGUAUUUGACGGAUAUCCGCCCGAUUCUGGUGCUACUAUCUUAUGGGAGUUGAGAAGAAGAGCAAACGGACAAUACUUCGUUAAUAUUUAUUUGAAAUCUGGCAACAACGUGAAGGAACUAUCUAUCAGAGGAUGUGAUUUCAAGUGUAGUUACGAGGACUUCAAGAACGCCAUGGGCAACAUUACAUUGGAUAUAGACAGCUGGGAGAAAGAGUGUCAUGGCCUUACUGAUACGUUUUAUUGAACGUCGAAGAAACGUAUCAGCCUGGUAUCAUAUUUGGAAAAAUGAAAUAAGACGACCAAAGAGAUUAAUCUAAUUUUGCGAGUUGUGCCGUAACUACUCGAAUCGACGUAUUUAAUUUGUUUAGCUAAAUAUGUCCAUGUAACAGUAUUUUAUUUUUAAGGAAUAAACUUAUUGCUCACCUAAGCCUGGUAACUGAUUUCCGCAAAGUUGGGGUGUUCCUUUUCAGAAACAACUACCCUUGAAAUAACAAAGGUAAUGUGUAGUGAAACGAGGGCGACCAAGUAAAAAAAAAUAAAGGAAAAAGUAGUCACUCUCCAGUUGACGAGAAGGGCUAAGUACGUCUCUGCCCGAAAUUAUACCGCUCCAAUAGAAAAUGAAAUCAGCUGAUGCGCUACCGAGCAGACGCC